AUUUUGCGCCAAACGUCCGCCGCAAGGCAGUUGGAGGUUACGUGGGGAUUUGGUUUAUUUGGACUAUCUAUUAGAUACCACAAAUUCGUUCGAAAUAUAAGGAGCCUUUUCUAGGAACUUUUGCAUUUUAAGGAUUGUCUGUAUCUCUAAAAAUAUAUGAAAAGAUUUUUCUCUUCUUUAACUUAUUAGAUCAUCAGCUUUUCAGACUUCAAACCAGCGAGGGUCUUUCUACUCAACAUCAUCAAUGACAGAAGCAACCAAGAGGUAUGCAGUUGUCACUGGGGCAAACAAGGGUGUUGGACUUGAAAUAUGUAAGCAAUUAGCUCAAAAUGGGAUCAUGGUUGUGUUAACAGCUAGAGAUGAGAAAAGAGGUCUUGAAGCUCUUGAAAGUCUAAAACACUCUGGUCUCUCGGAUUAUCUAGUUUUUCACCAGCUCGAUGUAGCAGACCCAAAAAGCAUUGCAUCUCUGGCAGAUUUUCUGAAGAAACAAUUUGGCAAGUUGGAUAUCUUGGUUAACAAUGCUGCGAUAUUAGGUGCAACCUUUUCGAUUGCUCCUGGUACAGAGGUAAAUUCGCGUGAUAUAUGGAGUAAAGCGACUGAUGACAAUUACGAGUUAGCCGAAGAAUGCCUAAAAACAAACUACUACGGCGCUAAAAGAACUGCCGAAGCACUUAUUCCAUUGCUGCAACUAUCCGACUUGCCAAGGAUCGUAAACGUUUCCUCCUCUGUAGUCAUGCUGAAGGGUAAAGGUGAAAAGCUUAAAGGAGUGUUAACAGGUGUUACAACAGAGGAGAAACUGAAUGACUUAAUAACUGAGUAUCUAAAAGAUUUUAAGGAGGGUUUACACGGAAGUAAAGGAUGGCCAACCUUCAUCUCUGCCUAUACUGUCUCUAAAGUAGCAUUGAAUGCCUAUACAAGGAUUCUGGCAAACAAGUACCCAGAUUUCUGCAUCAACUCUGUUUGCCCUGGAUAUGCCAAAACUGAUAUAAACCUCAACACUGGUACAAUAACUGCUGAAGAAGGUGCUGUGACUCCUGUUAAGUUGGCACUCUUGCCUAAAGGUGGCCCUUCUGGUCUCUUUUUUGUGAAGAGUGAGCCUGCAACUCCGGAACCUUGAUGCGACACCACGACGACGGCAACAAUGCAAUCUCAACUUAGAUGCAAUGCAACAGUAAGAUGAAAAUGGACAACAAAUUUGGUUGCGAAAUGCAAAUUUGUUCUGUAAAUUCCACUUUAUAUCUGAAAUUUUCUGUUAUAAGUUGUAAUAUAUGGGAAUUGCCCAACUUUUGAACCUAAA